AACAUGCAACACAACACAAACCUCAUCAAUCAAUCAUUCAUUCACCCUAGCUAGCCAAUAUAUAUAUAUAUAUAUAUACACACACAAACAUAUAUAUAUUUUCCAAUUUUAAAGAUUGUUUCCAUGGCAACUUUGUUACGUAGCUUGGAAAUCACGGUAUUAUCCGCAGAAAACCUACAAAAAGAUGGAAAAUCAAUCAAGAAGAACACGUUCGCGGUCGUAAAAAUCGAUCCUUUUAACUGUCAUUCAACAAAGAUUGACAAAGAAGGAGGAAGCUACCCUUCGUGGAACGAUAAGUUGGUGAUGGAGUUGCCAAUGCAUGAGCGUUUUGUAACGCUGGAGGUGCACUGCAAGAAUAGUAACAAUAGCAGCAGGAUCAUAGGGACAGCUAGGAUGCCGAUUUCAGAUAUCUCCGGGGAGUACUAUACACCGUUGGAUUAUUUACAUUUUUUGAGUUAUAGAUUAAGGGACGACAAGGGGGAGAGAAAUGGUAUUAUCAAUGUUUCGGUGAGAGCUAAAGUGCCAGAGUUUAACCAUGCGUGUUCAAAAACGGCGUCGUUGUCGUUGGGACCGAGACUGGGGUUGCCCAUCGGAGGCUAUAUUAAUCAUGGUGUAGUGACUGGUGUUCCUGUUCGGCGUGGUUAUCGUGCUUAAUUAGUAAUUAGUCUAUUUAAUUACGCAGUUUUGUAUCUAACUUUAAGUACUAAUUUGUCUAAUGAGAAGUAGUAAAGAUAUGUUCAAUCUUGGAUACUCUUUAAUACAUAUACAAUAAUGUGUAAAAACAUGGCCGUCUUUGCUGGUCCAACCCCAGAGAAGGUUUUAAUUAAGAUGAGUUCCCUGAAGUGAAACACAAGGGACGAUUCGCUGGAUCUUUCCAUGAAGUUGCAUGCAACCGUUGAUGACAAACCUCUCCUUUUAUUGAAAAGACGACAUCUUAUAUACAUAAAUUCUCUUAUAUGGAUUAAAAGUGUA